GUUACAUUAAUGAUGACGGUCAGUUGAUAGUGGAUGGAAAACCAAUGGGUGUUGGGAGAAACUUUUUGGCAACAGUUGCUAGCUCUUCCUAUUGGUCUGUGUCCUACAAUUUCACUAUUGAAGAUAGCUACCUAAAGCUCUAUGACUCUGACUUUCACGCAGUGCCAAAUGGUGAAGGUUUGGGUGAUUAUGUGCUUGGCUCUGUCAAUGCUGCAGCUGGAAGAAGCGAUAUGAUCGAAGUUAAAAUACUUGCAGUUGAUUCUGAUGGUAAUUCAAUCACUGAUUUCAACCCAAAUGUGGUUGUGUCAUCUUCCUCAAUCUCUUCUAGCUCUUCUGACUUUUCAACCUCUUCUGAUUCUUCAACCUCUUCUGCCUCCUCAGCCUCUUUUGCCUCUUCAACUUCUUCGGACUCUUCUGACUCUUCAACCUCUUCGGACUCUUCUAGCUCUUCUGACUUUUCAACAUCUUCAACCUCUUCAUCAGAAGAAGAAACAUCUUCAUCUGUCAGUUCCACCGACGAGAUCACUUCAGCAGUUACUUCUGAAGAGAUUACAUCUUCGGUGACCCCCACUGCUCAGUCAUCUCUCUCCGUAUCUGCAUCUGAUAUUUCUGCGGAUUAUUCAUCAAUUGUUACCCAAAUGAGUUUCAGCAACAUAUCUACUUCUACCGUUUCUCUUGAUAAAACAACAGUGGUCACAAUUACCUCUUGUGAAACAGAAUCUUGUACUACCGGAGUCUUUACCACUGGUAUCACUGUUGUAACUGAAACUGUUAAUGGUAUGGUCACCGAAUACACAACCUACUGUCCAAUUGAAACUGCCACAACAGUGGUGGUGAGCUCAAAGGAAACAACACCUGAAGCAAUAACUACACAGGAAGCCAAUACACAGGAAGCCACUACACUGGAGACUACCGAAACCACUGGUACUGAAGCCCAUGGGACAGAAACUAUAAAGUCUGCAACCACCAUUACCAAGACAUCUGGAAGUGCCUCCAAAACUACUACUAGUGCAGCCACCUCAACUGUCGAAGGCACUACCUUUCCAGAAGUUAGCACUUUCCAGGGUGAGGCAUUGCGGUUGGGAUCAUCUACUCUAGCUCUGUUAGGUUUUUUGAUGCUCUUGGCUUAAUAAGUUGCGUCUUAUAAAUUAAUAUUGAAUUAAAUUU